AUGAUCGCCAUCAAGUCUGCUCAACGUCUUCCUCGUGGUUUGAACGUCGAGUGGACAGACGGAAUGCGAGCGAAAUUCAGUAACGUUUGGCUUAGGGACAACAGCCUUCAUAUGCGACCUGCACUUAUACAUCUUGAUCUCAAUCCAUGUCCACAGAUUUUGACUAAACCGUGGCGAAUCCAGAAACGGCCGUGUUCAGUCGAUCAACGUCACAUUGGCGCAAUGAUCUGGAAAGAACCUUUGGUGAUCAAUGGAACAGUUUGGCCUCACCUUGAAAAGAUACCAUCUGUGGUAACGGUAGAGACUCGAUUCGAUGGAGCACGCGUAAGUUUGGUCGAUUCAGUUGCCGCACUCAAACGAUUGCACGAAGAACAUUCGGCAUAUUUUCGAUUCAUGAUGGAGAAUCCGAUCGAAUAUGAACAUGCCUUCUUCAAAGCCUCUCACCACCUGGCAAACGUCGACAGAAACGAGAUCGUUUCGGCCGUCUUCAACAACGACUUCCGCUCCAGCCAGAUGACUACUGACAAUUUGGAUCUUUUCUAUCGCAGUUUGAAGUCGUUCUACAACAUUUGUUGUGAGAUGCAACAAGAAAUCUAUAUCAAUUCGGAUGAGCUCCUCGUCGUUGACAAUUCCCAGUUGCUCAUCGGUGCCCCAGCACAGUGGGGACGAGAGAUGAGAGUUCGUAUCUUCGCGUGA